AUCUGUCAGUUUUUUAAUCAAUUCUAUUGAAAUAAUGUUAUGGUUUUAACACAUAAUUUCAAUUUUAAGCUAUAAAUAUAUACAAGCUCUUUAAGAUAUCUUUCAUACUGUCAAUAUUUUUAUGUAAAAAUGCCUCUUAAUUUAGCAGGCGUUCGACAAUACCUAAGUGAUUUGAGAAAUUCGGGAGGACUACACAAAGAUCAGGCUGAAAAAUACCGCAAUGUAUUACUUGAAAUUUUAAAAAAUCCUGAAGGAGAACUAGCAGAGUGCUUGAAGGCAUUUAUAGAAGCUAUUGUAAAUGAGAAUGUAAGCCUGGUGAUAUCCCGGCAACUGCUUACCGAUGUGAGCACUCAUCUUGCCUUGCUACCAGAUAAUGUGUCACAGGAGGUCUCACACUUUGCUUUGGAUGUCAUUCAACCGAGAGUUAUAUCUUUUGAGGAACAGGUGGCCAGUAUUAGACAACAUCUAGCAGAUAUAUAUGAAAGAAAUCAAAAUUGGAAAGAAGCAGCCAAUGUUCUUGUUGGUAUUCCAUUGGAGACUGGACAGAAACAAUAUUCAGUGGAUUAUAAGUUGGAGACAUACUUAAAGAUAGCUCGGCUAUAUCUUGAAGUGGAUGACCCAGUACAGGCAGAGGCUUUUGUAAACAGAGCUUCAUUGCUACAAGCUGAAACAACCAAUGAGCAGUUGCAGAUAUAUUAUAAAGUCUGUUACGCAAGAGUGUUAGAUUAUAGGAGAAAAUUCAUUGAAGCAGCUCAGAGGUAUAAUGAACUGUCUUACCGUAACAUAAUACAUGAGGAUGAAAGGAUGACAUGUCUUAGGAAUGCACUUAUAUGCACGGUGCUAGCAUCGGCUGGUCAGCAAAGAUCGCGAAUGCUGGCAACAUUGUUCAAAGACGAACGCUGCCAACAAUUGCCCGCAUAUUCCAUAUUAGAAAAAAUGUACCUGGAUCGCAUCAUUCGACGCUCAGAACUUCAUGAGUUCGAAGCUCUAAUGCAGACUCACCAAAAAGCGACGAUGUCAGACGGGUCCACUAUUUUGGACCGAGCGGUGUUCGAACACAACUUACUGUCAGCCAGCAAACUGUACAACAACAUAACGUUCGAGGAGCUGGGGGCUCUACUAGAGACACCUCCAGCACGAGCUGAGAGAAUCGCCUCACACAUGAUCAGUGAAGGAAGAAUGAAUGGAUACAUUGACCAGAUCAGCGCGGUUGUGCACUUUGAAACUCGUGAAAUUCUCCCGCAAUGGGACAAACAAAUCCAAAGUCUCUGCUACCAAGUUAACGGGCUGAUUGAACAAAUCGCUGCCGCAGAACCAGAAUGGAUGGCCAAGCUCAUGGAAGAAGAGAUGAUUCAAUGAUAACCUCUAAAAUUAUUCUAAUUUAAAAGUACCCUCAUUUUUUUUAUGUAAACUCAUUAUUAAGGGAAUUAAAGUCGUGUCAACCUAACACUAUAAAAAAAUGUACACAAACAUUACAUUGGGUUUCAUUUUUAGUGAUGUCAACAUAUAAAAAUCAGUUAUAAAUGUUCAAAACAUAUCAUUUGAAAAUUUAAACAUAUAAAUACAAGCGUUCUUUUCUAGUUCAUCCUUAACCUAUACAAAUAAAAAAACGUGUAUCAAUGGACUAGAUUCAGUAAUAAAAUUUUCUUGAAACAUGUAACAGCAAAGAAAUCUCAUCCAAAGACAACGAAAUAACAGUUUGAACAGAAAUACAACUGUAACCCACAACUAGUUCUGUGUGUUAUUGAGAUCGCUGUUUAAAAUAAAUAGAUUGACCCAGUUUUGAA